AUGGCCCCCUCAAAGACUGUCGCCGUCGCGUCGAAAGAUGUUGUGCCUGCAAUUGAUCCUGAACAGACCCUGAAGGCGUCCAAGGCCCUUCUGGCUCACAUCAAGAAGGCCGCCAAGGAGAAGACUGAAGAGUCCGGCAAGAAGAACCUGCUCGCCGACCCCGAAGAUGAGGCCAACAUUGCCCAGUCGCCCGUCUGGCUGACCCUCACGACGAAGCGCCACAUCGCCGACACCACCCGCCUCAAGCCUGGCAAGAUCGCUCUGCCGCACCCUCUCAACACCGAUGAGGAGUCGACCAUUUGCCUCAUCACCGCCGACCCCCAGCGUGCUUACAAGAACAUUGUCGCAUCCGACGAGUUCCCUGAGGCCCUGCGCAAGCGCAUCACCCGCGUUGUCGAUGUCGGCAAGCUCAAGUCCAAGUGGAAGCAGUACGAGGCCCAGCGCAAGCUCUAUGCCGAGCACGAAAUUUUCCUCGCCGACGACCGUAUCGUCAACCGCCUGCCCAAGGUUCUCGGCAAGACCUUCUACAAGUCCACCGCCAAGCGCCCUAUCCCCGUCGUUCUGUCUCCUAAGCCUGGCCGCGUCGACGGCAAGCGCCAGAAGCAGCAGGAGAAGACCCCCGGCACCGUUAGGGCCGGCACUGCGCAGGACAUUGCCGCCGAGAUCGAGAAGGCCAUCGGCUCUGCUCUUGUCAGCCUGACACCCUCGACCAACACCGCCAUCCGGAUAGGCUACGCCGGCUUCAAGGCCGACCAGAUCGCCGAGAACGUCGAGGCCGUCGUCAAGGCCCUGGUCGAGAAGUGGGUGCCCCAGAAGUGGCAGAACGUCAAGAGCAUCUACAUCAAGGGCCAGGAGACUGCCGCUCUGCCCAUUUGGCUGACUGACGAGCUCUGGCUCGAGGACAAGGACAUUGUCGCCGACAACAGCGAGGAGGCAAAGGCCAUCAAGGAGAAGGCCAACGUCGGCAAGAAGCGCAAGUCCGUCGAGGCCGCCGCCGAGGAAGAGGAGCAGGAGAGCAAGCCCACGGCCAAGAAGGCCAAGAAGACUGCGCCAAAGGCCCUGCCCGAGAGCAACGACGACAAGCUCGACAAGAAGAUCGCGACGGAGCGCAAGGAGAAGUUGAAGAAGCAGAAGGCCAAGGCCAAGGCCGCCCUGGAUAACUAG